GAAAAAGCUCUGAUAGAGCUGCUGAAGCUGCGCUGGCACAGCUGCUGGCACAGGUACUACUAGCUAGCUAGUAGUACGUGCAAAUUCUUGGGACACACACACAGGGUUUUCUAAAGAGCCAGUCGGGAGGUUAUCUGCAUUGAUACUGUGCGGAAGCCAGCUAGCUAGGGCCAGGCCUUGUGAACCUCCCCCAUGAACCUGGUGCUGUUGUUGACAUUGGCAUUGCCAACCGUUGUCCAUGCAUCAGCCAGUAAUCGCUUCACAGCAACCAUCAGUAACAAUCGUCCCUUGUCCCUGCUAUCCUUCACCCGCCACGAAAAGACCAGUCGCCAAUUUCCUUCGUGGCAACCCAUUCCUCGCGGAGGAGAUACCUACAUGGAUACAAGUAGUAGUGAAGGCCAAAACGUUGCGACCACCGGUGCUACCCAAGCGAUGAAUGACACAAGAAUAAUGACCAAGAAUAGCCGCUUGGCGGCUCUCGCUGUUUGUACUACCACCGUUAUCUUUUUGUCCAUGAGAGUGUGGGGUUCAUGGAUCAGACGGGGCAGUCUAGCAACAGGACUGUGGUUUCUCAGUCACUUUUUUACCAUCCUUACCAACGCGGCGGUGGCAGUAGCCAUGGGGGUCACUGCUGCCAGCAGCAACAAGAACAACAACAAGGCUCUAUCUCCCUCCAUUUGGAUCGCCUUGGUGUCGGCCAUUCUGGGGGUGGGAAUUGUCUACCACGCCGCCUUGAAGCACCUGAGAACGUUGACAGGGUUGAACAAAAUUGCCGAUGAAGGGGUACACACGGUCGUGCCGAUUGCAACGUUUGCAUGGUGGAUGAUCUUUGAGCACCGUCCUGUGCCAAUAUGGCAGGGAGCCAAGGCAUGUGUGGUUUGGCCCGUGGCCUACGGGGUAUACAUUUUGAUUCGAGCCAACUUGCUGGACGGAUUCUAUCCGUAUCCAUUCCUCAAUUUACCCGAGAUUGGGCUUCAGCAGUUUGUCAUCAAUUGCAUUGGAUUGGGAGUUGUGUUUGGUGGCCUGGGGGCAGGGUUGCUUGGUAUGAAACGAGGAGUUGAGGCCGUGACAAAGACCAAAACAGAGACCAAAAAGAAACAAUAGCAAAGAGCAAAAACGGUGGGCAGUCUCCUGUUUGCCAGGUUGGAUUGACGUCCUACAUGUAGAUUCGAGCAAAUCUCUGUCAGUCAUGGCGAGUUUACUGGUUGAAAUGAUUCGCUCCUGAGGUUUCCUUGUGGUCGCCAGCUUGAGCAGCUGUUGGUUCCCUUUAGUACUGCAGGCAUCACUUCAUUUAUUUGUUUAUUUGGAGGGAAUGGAAGUGCAGUUGAUUGCUUGUCCGCCAUGAACUGCAGCUGAAUUGCUCUAGAUUCGAUUCACUUGUACCCAAGCUUUGGUAGAGUACUCGUGAAGACAAAACGAAAAUAUUAUUAUCUAAUGAAAGCAACAGCCCGAAUGACACAAUCGUUAUUGCUACCGGUACCUUGGGUUGCACUGAAGCUAACAUGGACAUCUGUUCUUUGCCUGUUGAAGUGCAAGGCUGUAAAGUGUUCUACGGUACCAAUCUGCUAUCACCCCCUCGUUUCAUUUCGGCGCCUUCUCCUAUGAACAGAUUUCUUCAGCGUCAAUCAGUUGACUUGGCAACUGCUGGUUCUUGUAGUUACGGCUGUUUCAAUUCUCUCUCUAGCUAGUACUUCCAGUUUGUCUGUUGACGCAUGGCUUUCUUCCCCAACCGCACAAUUUCCCCACCCAAGUCCACUUCGGUUUCAGUUCGACCUCGUUCCAUAUCUUGCAGCAUGGACGUCUUGGAGCUGUCAUAGUUAAACUUGAAAACUAGCCAAAAAAUUGCAAACC